AUGUCGUCCAACGACACCAGCCGCGAUCCGCGUUUGUCAAGAAACGACCCUCGCUUGCAGAACAAGAAGCGUGUUGCCAGCCAGUCGCCAGCAAGCGCUAUGCAACCAACCCCGAAGAACGUGAAGCCAGCCACUGCCAGCAACAGUUCGAACACCAAUACUGCGAAUGGCACGGCUACCCAAGCACCGACCUUCGACCCUCCUCGUCCACCUGGCAUGGCCCCGCCACCGCCUCAGACAGCGCCAUCUGCCUUCAUGAGCAGCGACCAACCAGCGAGCGAGCAUUCAGUACUCCGCGACUUGCCUGCGCAGCCCAAUAUGUUCGAUCUGCUUCGAGCCUCGUCUGAUAUCACCGGCAAGCUGACCUACGCCCGCGUCGAGCGAGACAAGACGAUUCCGCCGCUCCAGAAGGCUCUCAAGGAGUAUGAGACCCUGAAGCCAUAUUUCGAAGACUUCGCUGCCAUGAAAGAAAUGCACACCAGCAAGGUCAGACGUGCCCGGAACAAGCACGAUCGCGCACAGAAGCUCGUCAUCUUCUUCGAGCAGGAAUCUGCACAGCUGGACCAACUCGUCACCACCUUCCGCGCUACCACCCCGAACCUUGGCGCUGCUCUCGGCAUGCCAACGGAUGACUCGGUGCCACAGCAGAUCACUGCAUUGCGGGACAGCUACAACGCACUGAAGGGCGAUGUGGCGGCGGAGAGCGGCCGCAACAAGCGCGACAUCGACGCGCAGAAGGCGAAGUUGGCCAACCUAACUCAGCAGCUUGAUCUCCUGAAAGACAAGCAGGACCAUAGCGCCAAUCAGUUCGCUACUGCCACGGCAGGAAUGGCACAGUUGGAGAAGAUCCAGCAUUCGCUUGCUGAAGUCACGGAGAAAGUCACGAAGCUCGAGGCCGAAGCAGGCAACAAGGACGAUGGCUUGGGUUUGGUCCAGUUCACUCCAGUGGUCGCACCAGAGGAACCGGAUCCGGAGCUCUCCCAGAUCCAGCAAAUCUGGUCUACGAUCUCCCACCUGGAGAUGGCUACUGCGAACCACAAGAAGCAGCUCGACAACAUCACCACCGACGACGUUGUCAACCAGAUGGUCAAUGUCAUGGGCCAGCACUGGCCAGAUGCCAAGAACUGCCAGGCCACCGUCGACAGCCUCAAGGACGGCAUCGCCAAGCUCCACGACCACAUCAACCAAGUCUCAGCUCGUGUCAACCAGGGACAGAAUGGUGUGGCCAAAGCUGAGAUCGACAAGCUGAGAGGUGAGCUCGACCAGGUCAAGCAGAAGGUCGGCGGUCAUGACGAGCUUCUCAACGAGGGCAAGCAGACCUUCAAUGGCAUUGCGGACCAAGUCAACACCAUACGCGACCAGGUCGCCAAGCUCGAGGGCAACCAGGACGAAGCUAUCCGCAACGCCUUCGGAUAA